AUGAUCAUUAGUGAUGGCAAUUACGACAUUGCCUGGGCACAACUUCAGGAUCGUUAUCAAAACGAGAGGGAGUUACUCUUCGCCAUUCUUCGCCGGCUUCUUAACCAGCCCCAAGUUCAAUCUCAUUCAUCCGUAUCAAUUCGGAAACUUGUUGAUGUUUCCCAAGAGUGCAUCAGGUCGCUGGAAGUGCUCAGUCUCCCCACGAACGAAUGGGAUGCAAUACUCUUGUUCAUCGUCAUAACCAAGAUGGACUCAUCUUCGAAGGAGUUGUGGGAACAGUCCCUAAAAGAUGGCACCAUCCCCAAGCUCAAGUCCCUCUUUGAAUUUCUGGAACAAAGGGCUCGUGCCCUUUCUGCAAGUGGUAACGAGACCACGCAUAAAAAUCAAAAGUCUGGCAGCAACUCUUCUCAAGCCAAGGUAACUCGGAGUCAUUCUCACCCUGUCGUACACCAUUCGUCCUCAUCCUCACCAUCCUCAUCAGCUUGCAAGGCCUGUGAUCAAUCAGGCCAUUAUCUGUUUCGUUGCGACAAGUUCCUCGAGUGGUCCAUUCCGCAGAGAGUGGAUUUCGUACGCAAAGGGAACCUGUGUUUCAAUUGUUUGCAAGGAUCUCACAGGGCCAACGAAUGUCCUUCCAACAAAGCAUGCAAGACGUGCGGUGCCAAGCAUCAUACCCUCCUGCAUUUACAAACCCAAGUCAACAACAAUCGAAAUGUUCACCCGCCCGUGGUCCACUUCACAGCAAAAUCAAGCCCAGUCCCCAAUGAGUACGAUACUCUGCUGGCAACGGUGUUAGUCAAGGUGACUGACGACCAUGGUAAGAUCCACACAUUGCGUGUUCUCGCCGACAAUGGGAGCAACAGCAAUUUCAUUACGGAUUCUUGUAUCAAGCGGAUUGGUAUCCAAAAGAAACGAUGCUUCACCUCUGCAACCGGUUUGGGAGGAGCAGCGUUGGUGAACUCUACUGGUGUCACUUCUUUCUCUGUGAGUUCACGCUUCGACUCAUCCGUUUCCUUCUUUCUCGCUAGGUGUCUCGUCACAAAGAAGAUCACUGGCAAGAUUCCAUCAUCGGCAUUUGACCAUACCAAGUGGCCUCAUCUCCAGGGGCUGCUGCUAGCAGACCCGGGCUACCAUAGUCCUCAAGACGUGGACAUGUUACUGGGGGCGGAAUUCUUCUUCGCUAUACUUGACAGUGGAAAGAUAAGCGGUCCUCCCACUAGUCCUGUCGCUAUAAAAACUAGCUUCGGUUGGCUUAUUGGUGGUGGCUCUGCGAAUCCACUCCUAACCCCCUCAGUACAUACAAUCAUCGACAACGCCACAACUACGUCAUCAUCAGCCAGUGAUCUUGACGACCACCUCGACACAACGCCACGUAGAUUUUGGGAGAUAGAAAGUGAACCACUUCAUCGUCUUCACAGCCAAGAGGAAGUGUCAAUAGAGUCUCAUUUUGCCUCUACAAAUAGUCGGGACCAUGAAGGAAGAUUUAUGGUUCAGCUACCAUUCAGAACCCCUCGACUUACUCUCGGGUCAUCCCUCAACAUCGCCAUGAAGAGACUUCUCUAUCUGGAGAGGGGGCUACAAAGAAAUCAGAAUGCGCGCACCGAGUACAACAAAUUUAUGCAGGAGUACGAAGCAUUAGGACAUAUGGAGAAAGUAACUGCAAAAAAAGAAAGUCCAAAUCAAGUUUGUUAUCUCCCUCAUCAAUUUGUUUUAAAAGAGUCCAGCUCCACAACAAAGUUUCGGGUGGUAUUCGAUGCAUCCGCCAAGACUGCCAAUGGAGUUUCACUGAAUGAUUGCCUUAUGGUAGGUCCUACAAUUCAGGACUCACUUGUGGACAUUAUUUCUCGUUUCAGGCUCCAUAAAAUUGCCUUUGCUGCGGACAUCGCGAAGAUGUACAGACAGAUCCGUGUUUCACCAGCAGAUGCAGAUAUGCAACGAAUUCUCUGGAGGGAGGAUCCGUCUAAGCCCGUGCAACACUACAGCCUUUCUACCGUAACGUAUGGAACAGCGUCAGCUUCAUUCUUGGCAACUCGUUCGCUAAAGGAACUUGUAAUUCAAAAUAAAGCCAAAUUUCCCCGUGCCGCAGAAGUCGUCCUUCGAUAUUCUUACAUGGAUGAUGACCUGUCUGGGGAGCCAAGUUUGCCAGAAGCUCUAGAAACUGUGCAACAACUACUACAACUUAUGAAAGACGAUUGUCUCGAACUGCGGAAGUGGUCCUCAAACUGUCAAGCAUUAUUGGAUGCAUUGCCCCCUGAAUUGAGAGAGACUAGUUCACUUCUUUCAUUGGAUCAAGAUUCAACAAUCAAGACCUUAGGCAUUUAUUGGAAUACGAAGAGUGAUCAAUUCUUCUUCCGGAUUAGCCCUCAACCCCCUCGAACAGCACCUCUAACAAAGCGGAUAGUUCUUCAAGAAAUUGCCCGCUUGUAUGACCCUAGUGGCUGGCUUGCUCCCAUCGUCAUCACUGCAAAAAUCUUUAUGCAGUCACUUUGGAAAGUGCAACAAGGUUGGGAUGAUCCACUCUCUUCACAUUUGCAGAACGAAUGGAUCAACUUCCGUAAAGAUUUGGAAAGUCUGUCAAAUUUAACUAUUGAUCGUUUCUACAUGGAAGGGUCCCGAUUAACUUGUCCAAGUCUGAACGCUCCCAUUCUCGGUCUCACCCCUAAGUUUUGCCUCGCAGGAUUCUGUGACGCCUCUCAGAAAUCCUAUGCUGCCGCAGUGUACCUGUGCGUAUACUAUAAUGGAUCAAGUUCAACCUCUCUCGUCUCAUCCAAAACUCGAAUUGCUCCAGUCAAGGUCAUCACGUUGCCAAGGCUUGAGCUAUGUGGGGCGGAUAUUCUAGCCGACCUCCUCAUUUCAUUCCGAGCCGCACUUCGAAUCCCCAUACAUUCCAUGACCGCCUGGACGGAUUCCACUUGUGCUCUCGCGUGGAUUCAGUCGCCACCAGCAAGGUGGAAAACUUUCAUUGCAAAUCGGGUCACCAAGAUCCAAGAAAAAAUUCCUCCGACUAUGUGGGGACACACGAAACACUUGGUCGCCCCCUCUAAAUCAACAUUAACAAAGCUCAUCCCGUUCUCUAUCGACGCCUUUCCCUAUUCUGGUACAUCACAACAACAAAAAAGUGGUCAAGUCAUCUCCUCAACGGCGGCUGUGAAUCCACUAUCAAUUUCCGAGCUGGAUUGUGCUCAGAAAUAUUGGAUCAGAAUUACUCAACAGCAAGAGUUCCAGAAGGAGAUCCAUGCACUCGUCCAUGACCCCGAAGGGAUUCUCAAAGUUGGUGGCCGAUUGAGAAUUUCUGAGCUUCCGAUGGACCAGAAACAUCCUACUAUUCUUCCAAUCCACAGCAGAUUGACUCAGUUGUUAAUUGAGGAUACCCAUACACCUCAAGGCCCAGACUCUACAACAAAUGAUGGCAAGUCUCCCCUCAUUCAGGGUCAAACCAGCUCGACCCUUCCUCAAAACCGGCAUCGACUAUGCUGGUCCAUUCCAAAUCCGUCCAAUUCAGCCACGGAGCAAACUCACAAUCAAGGCUUAUCUGCUGCACCACUCGUGCUCUACAUCUCGAGGUGGUCAGUAGCCUUUCGACCGACGCGUUCUUGGCCACAUUGCGAAGGUUCAUAUCUCGGAGAGGACGCCCCACUGACCUCUAUAGCGACAACGGAACCAACUUCGUUGGAGCUGAUCGAGAGUAGAAGGACAUGA